UACCUCCUUCCGUCCCCCUGCCUUAAAUUUUCACUCUGCAGUGAACUAAGGCCGUCACAGCGUACAAACUUCCUCUAACGAAAAGCCACAAGAGGAAAUGCUGCUUUUUUUGAAAUCUACCAAACUUAGCUCUGGAACAGUUGUUAAGUUUCCAGAGGCUCAAUCUGGAUGAGAAGGAAGAUUUUCAUUUGGUGCUUCAGUGAGAUGACGGUGUUGGAAUGAGCCAAGGACAAUGGGAUCUCGGAUCAAGGAAAAACCACAGAAAAUAUUUGAUCUGUUCUUUGAAGUUGCUCGGCCAUCACUUGCAGAGGAUGAUCCUCAAGUCCGUAGACAAUUCCCACUGGACUUCGAUGACCAGGAAUCGAUCCAGAUGUUACCCAAGUUUUGCUUCCCGCUUGAUAUAGAGAGGGCGAAGGAAUGCCCCACAGUCCAGCACUUCACUUUCGCCCUCACCGACAUGGAGGGGAAACAGCAUUUUGGCUUCUGUCGACUGGCCAUUGGCUUCCGAGCUUGCCUCUGUCUACUCAGCUACUUACCUUGGUUUGAAGUUUUCUACAAGAUCCUGAACUACAUUGCAGAACACAUAGCCAAAGAGCAGUUCACGGAGCUGGAUGAGUUCUUAUCUGCCCUGUAUCUCUACCCGGUGCCCAGCCUCUGCAGCCCCAUCACCCUUGAAUUUGAUUCAAAAGCAACUAAAUUGAAAAUUUCUACCGAGACAGAUCUGAACAGGCAAAACAGAAGUAGAGAUCGGGACACGGGGACAGCAUUGGCUUAUUUCAUUGCCCCCGAUCCGGGCAAACUGCCCACCAUCCCUGACAAUAGAAAUCUGACUGAGUUUGUUGUGGCAGUGGAUGUGAACAACAUGCUGCACCUCUACGCAAGCCUCCUCCAUGAGCGCCGGAUCCUGCUCACCAGCAGCAAGCUCAGCACGCUGACAGCCUGUGUCCAGGCCUCCUCCAUCCUGUUGUAUCCCAUGUACUGGCAGCACAUCUUCAUCCCUGCUCUGCCUCCACACCUCCUUGACUACUGCUGCGCCCCUAUGCCCUAUCUCAUUGGAGUCCACACAAGCCUUAUGGAGAGUGUGAGGAGCAGAGCCCUGGAAGACGUCGUCAUUUUCAGCAUCGAUAACAAUACAAUGGAAUCACCCUUCCAAGACCUGGAAAAUCUCCCGAGUGAUGUUGUCUCCCUACUGAAGUUCCAGCUGAAAAAGCAAUCUGCAGCCACUGGGGAUGGGGUUGCCCGAGCCUUCCUCAGGGCCCAAGCGCUUCUCUUUGGCAGCUAUCGCGAGGGAAUCGUUUGCAGCCUGGAAAAGCCCAUUUCCUUUUCCCAGGAGAAUUUCCUACAGCAGGGAUCCGGUGCCAUGCAAGACUUCCUCCAGCGGGCCGUUCAUCUGCAGCUGUUCAAGGAGUUCAUCAACGACCGGCUGGAUAAGCUAAAUGCAGAUGAGGACUUCUCUGACUUCUUUGAGCAGGAGAUUGACAGCAGCUUGUCCCCAGGUGGUAUCCACUCUUCUCAGCUGUGGGUGGAGAGCCUCAAGAAAAGUGGGGGAGCCCUGAUCAGUACUAUGAAGAAUAAGACCAAUCCAGCUGUCAAGAAUGCAUACCAAUAUGCCAAGGGUCAUGCCAAAAUCCGGCUGAAAAAUAUACGGAGCCGCAUAAAAGAUUCCAGUUUACGCCAGUCCAGAGAGCAAGAACACUCCCCGAAUGACAGCCAGAUCUCCAGUCCCAUCCUGCCUACCCGAAAUAAACAGUCUGAGAUCCUUCAAAGGCGCCUGCCCAUCACUCAGCACUUCGGGAAGUCUCGCCCGAGGCGACCACAAAGGACGAACAGUGAGACGGAACUGGAGACUCAAAGGGAUGUUUCAACUCCCUUCAAAUCACCUUCCCCAGACUCCUCUGUGGAACCUGCGGGAGGUGACAGUUAUCUGAAUGAAGAGAAAUUUGACCUCCUGGGGGAAAUUUUUGAGACACUAAACUUGCUGGAGUCAAGCCAAGCUCAACAGCCUCUCUACGGGACCCGCAGCUUGGAUUUCCAUCACCUAGAAGAGGAGAACUUCUAUACUAAGCCGAGGCCCAGUAGAGAGGACCUUUACAAAGCCCUGUCUGAAGAAGAGGAUGAUGCUGAAGAUUCCCUGUCUGAGGACAGAGUGUUCCUGGGCUGCAUGGAUGAAGAGAACUUGCCAGACCCUUCGUCACCUGCCAGAGCUGCAAGGAGAAGUAAUGAGGUGUUGGUCCACAGUUCCGCUGAGCUGCAAGGUUGCCCUGGUCUGGACACCCCAAAUCUUUCCUUCCAGGAGGCUAGGGGUGAGCCAUCAGAAGCAGAAAUGACCCACGGGGCAGACCUUGAAACUGCCUUUCCUAGUCCAGUUACACCAGAGAGCCACACUGCUACCGAGUUGCAACAGGAAUGUAGGACUGACCAGGCCCUUCAACCUCCAAUCAAUGAGAACAGAAAGGUGGAGUCGUCGAUUGCUAGUGGUUCCACCAUCCAAACAUCUGCAGACUUUUUACAAACGAAAGCCAGUGACUCCGUGGCAAAGAAGAACAUCCUAGGUAGGGUCACCAGCUUACCGCCUCAGUUAGGGUCUAGGCAGUUGUUGUAGCCCAAGGUGCUGGAACUGAAGAAAAGAUUUGAGGCCUGAAAGAGCAUCCUGAAAAUAGAAAAGAACCUUCCAGUGUUUGAGUCAUCGUUACCCUUUAAACUUGGAGGUGUUUCAAGAGGGAGCAGCAGUGCAGAAGGGCUUCAUCUGUCCAGGCACAUAAAAACACUGCCAGCAGCAGAAUAGCAAUAGCAGUUAGACUUAUAUACCGCUUCAUAGGGCUUUCAGCCCUCUC